AAAACCUAUCUUCCCAAAUCUUCCUCACUCCUCCUCCGCUGCGUUCCUUAGAGAGAGAGAGAGAGAGAGAGAGAGAGCAGAAACCAAACCCUAAACCAUGUCUCUGGUGGCGAACGAGGAAUUUCAGCACAUUUUGCGUGUGCUCAACACCAACGUCGAUGGGAAGCAGAAGAUCAUGUUCGCCCUCACCUCCAUUAAAGGUAUUGGUCGCCGCUUCGCCAACAUCGUCUGCAAGAAAGCCGAUGUCGACAUGAACAAGAGAGCUGGUGAACUGACUGCCCAGGAGCUCGAUACCCUGAUGACGAUUGUUGCAAAUCCCCGCCAGUUCAAGAUCCCUGACUGGUUUCUGAACCGAAAGAAGGACUACAAGGAUGGAAAAUAUUCUCAGGUUGUGUCCAAUGCCUUGGAUAUGAAGCUUAGGGAUGACCUUGAGCGUUUGAAGAAGAUCAGAAACCACCGUGGUCUGCGACACUACUGGGGUCUUCGUGUGCGUGGACAGCACACCAAGACAACCGGCCGUAGGGGAAAGACUGUUGGUGUCUCAAAGAAGCGUUGAGUUUGUUUCUUCCUGGCAUUGUCAGAUGUAUUGCUGCGAAGUUUUGUUCUACAUUUUUAGUUCUUUUUUACCAUUGCUAUAAGGAACUUUGUGUUUGGUCACUUAUGCGGUAGACAAAAGUUUCCUUUUAUUCCUUUCAAUUGACUGCUUGUUUUCAUUUGAGGAUUAAAUGUGGAAUGGCGUUAAUGUUAAUCAUCUAUUUAUAUGGUCAGAUUUAUAUUUUUGUUCCCGCUUUAUUA